UCUGUCCCAUGAUGCACUCCCGUCGUGGGUGACCGCGCAAAACAAAACUGAGUUGGUUACUGUACGCUGUACAAGAGACAGAAAGAAAACCCUCAAUUUAAAAGCGCUUUUCCAUCACGAAAUUACAAAUACCACGGCACAAUAAACAUGGCUGCUUCAUACAGAAAGGGACUUGGAGGUGGACAAAGAAAGAAAACAGGACCAAAACCUGAACUUACAGAGGAACAAAAGCAAGAGAUUCGAGAGGCAUUUGAUCUUUUUGAUACAGAUGGAUCUGGUACAAUAGAUGCAAAAGAACUCAAGGUUGCAAUGAGAGCUCUUGGCUUUGAACCCAAAAAAGAAGAAAUAAAGAAAAUGAUAUCAGAUAUAGACAAGGAUGGUUCAGGGACUAUUGACUUUAAUGAGUUUUUACAAAUGAUGACAGCAAAGAUGAGUGAAAAAGACUCAAAAGAGGAGAUCCUCAAAGCAUUUAAACUGUUUGAUGAUGAUGAGACUGGCAAGAUAUCAUUCAAAAACCUUAAAAGAGUAGCAAAAGAACUCGGCGAAAACCUUACAGAUGAAGAACUACAGGAAAUGAUAGACGAGGCGGAUCGCGAUGGCGAUGGUGAGAUCAACGAGGCGGAAUUUCUGCGGAUUAUGAAAAAGACUAGCCUAUACUGAGCUGCGACGCCUAUUAAGAACUAAAUAACGUACAAAGCGCCUACAUCGGUGUCAUACAUUGUGCGAAAUGGCGCACGAUUUAAUCGCUUGGGCGUGGAUCUUCUCCUAUUGUACAUACGUCAGCAUCCAGGGGAUAGGGACAUGGCUCAGUUAUCCCUUUGUCGCCUUUCAGUUAUACCUGCGUCGCCUUUAAUUUCCUUCCGCGUUGGCAGCAAGUUGCUGGGGUGGACUGUUGCCUGCUGUUAUCCUUCACUUCUUGUGAUUAGAUGACUUUGGGCCUCUUCGUCUUCGUCGCUCUGCUCUAAAAUAUUACUAUAUGCGUGUAAAGACAGGUUUUAAGGAUGGUACUAUCAGAAUAAAGAAUUUCACUGGAGCUCGCCCUUUUUCGUUUAAAAUUUACGACAUAGAACACGUUUGUCCGUGUGCAUUGCUAGCACAUAGAAAAUGUUUGGAAGGCGACCAAAGCUGGUUUAAUAGGUUCUUAUCUCUGUUCCAAAUAAUCCAGCUUUUUUUUUUCUAUCGCGUUUUUCAAUGCCCGUAAAAAAAGAAAACACCGCUGUACUUAUUCAAGGUUUUCAACUGUGCUUUGCAGUCCGAUAUCCCAUCUCUCGUUCGUUUUGCUAUCCCUAGCAUAAGUUAAUGACUACUGCAUAUUUUGCUAUCCUUUAUGAUCUCGCUACCUACUAUAAGGUUUGUUCAUUAUAUAAUUGUGGACAAUACGCACUAGAGGAUCUCCUAUCCACCCCCUUUGGAUUGCCAGAAAACCAUAUGUUAAAAAAAAAAUACCCCCGUCCCCUUUUGUCACUUGGCCAAACCCCCCUUUAGCGAAUAGCUAGAUCCGCCCCUUAUGUAAAAGUGGAAAACACUGCUCAUUGAAUUGUGUUAAUUUUGUGCUUAUCAUAGCGCACUAAGCGUGACAUGAUUGUUGAUAUCUGGUUUUUUUUUUUGCCAUUAUAACGAAAGUUGUGCAUUGCAGUCGUACGUGCUUCUAGGUGUAUAUCAAUUGGCAAGUGACACGAAACACAAAACCGGAAAAAACACUCGUGAGGGCGGAUGUGAGAAUAAAGGCAAUUUAUUAUAUUAAAACGCGAGUAGGAUAUUGUCGGGCAUCCUUAUAUACCAAAAUUCUGAUUCAGAUCAUUGCCCCUAAAUAUGACCGCAGAUGACUAUCAUUAAUCAUACUCGAGAUAUGGUUCGUUCAACAGUAUUUUUCAGUCUUUCCCUAAUAUAAUAUGAUGCCUGCAUGCAGAGCUAGAGAAAAAAUAUCAACGUAACUUGUUAGCCGCUGUUCCAGUACCUGGAUAAGAUUACGCCAUUAUGAGUUCUUAAUUUAGUAGUGUUAACUAAAGAGGAAAAGAUGCAGCGACCGUAUCGUCGCUACACUGUGGACACAGACUGGAUAUAGAUUUCCUCCCUACUAAAAAGAAAGCCAUGUUUCGCAGCGUCGUUGUGGUUGCCUUUCUCCUGUGCCUCGCUCAAACGAUGGCAAAACCAAAAGUGUGCCCGGAAGGCAAACCCCUAGUACAGUGCUUCGUCGCACCAUGCCAGUACGCUAGCUGCCCUGCGUACCCAAAUGCGGAGUGCGUGAAUGACUACUGCGGAGGAUGUUUCGCCAGGUUUUACGUGAACCGCAAAGAAGUAACAAAAAAUUGUGCCAGUAUUAUCUAAAGGGAGUCCUUAAAAAUGCCUUAAAGUAAAUUAUACUCCUAAAGAGCAAAAUAAGCAAGUAUUUUUGUGACCUUCACAAAAUAAUUCGGACAAGGGCACAUAAAAUGAGUAGCUCUUAUUCAUACAUAUUCAGUGACGUUUGUGUAAAGAUGAUGAUAGUUAAAACACAAUGCUAUCCA